ACCUCGUUGUGGAGCGGGUUGUAAUCCAUCAUGGCGGCCGAGGGGGUUGGUGUCUUUGCCUGAGCAGCAACGCCGGACCCUGUGGCCGUGUACCCGCAGCUAAGGCGCCCUCCUCCCCGCCCCGGCCCCCGCCCCAGCCGCUGCAGCCCCGCGCCCCAGCUGGGAGGGGGAGAGACAGAGAGAGUGAGACAGAGAAAGGCAGGCAUAAGGGGAGGCAGGUUGGAAAGGAGGGAGCGGGUGGACGCUCGGGAGCUCGGGGGAUGUGACUGACUGACCAUUGGCUGGGGUGGGAGACCCAAGGGAGGAAGGACCGCCGGGCUGGGGGCGGCGGAUGUCUCUGGCCUGAGUUCCUUCCCCCUCCACCCUGAAGACUGGGCAGCGCCUCCCCUCCCCCUCCCCGCCCCAAAGGCUUCUUGCUGACUUCUUCCCGACCUCAGCUUUUGGGGUAUCUGGGGAGCUAGGACUCUUCGGCGAAGUUGUGCCUUCAUCCCCGGUGCCUGGAGCUCCUCCACCGAUCCCUCCCACUGUGAGAGAACCAGCCUCUUUCCCCUGCUGACCCCUCUGCACCCCCAGACUCUCCUGUUCCACUGCUUCAGAGGUUCCCCAACUCUGCCACUCACUUAUUCCCCUCCUCCUUUUCUCCCACCUUCUAUUCUUUUCCCCAAAGGCUGCCAAGUUUUCCCUUCUGCCCAGGUUCAACUUCUUGGUGCCACCCAUUCAAACACUUCCUCGUCCACUUGCUUCGCUCCCCCUUUUCCCCUGCCCCCCACCUUGGCAACCUCUUAUGCCCUGAGUCUUUUUCUAUGUCACCUAAAGUCUUUUUAGGCUCUCGGCAGCCCCAAACUUUAAUGCUUAGGAAAAACCUGGGUUGGUUCCACAGGCCCUUUAAAAAAGCUGACUUGAAAUUGCUGGCAAUGCAUUCCUUGAGUGACUGCUAGUGUAAAUCUAUUUGUGAAGUCUGGGUGACCCUGCUCAGUUUUCCGGAGAAGUAGCAGCCAGAUUGGCAGGAAAUUUGUGAAAGAUGAAGAAACCAAGAUAGGGUUUGGGCAACUUCCACAGGAAAAGUUUCAGAGCAGGGAUCCAGAUCCUUCUGUCAAAGAGCAUUCCUGAUUUUUUCUGAUAAGCAGAGACCCAGAAACUUCAACACUUUGUCCUUGUUUUGAAAUCUUAAAUGACACCGGCAUACCUGACUCUUUUAGGCUGAAGUAAUACUUCAUGCAAAUACCUUACUCUCAAGAGGGAUGCAAAAAUUACAGUGGGGAAACUGCAUUCUUUGUGAAUGUCUUUUAAAUGGCUUCACUUUUGGAAAGAAACUAAUUCCUGUUCAACAAGUAAAAGACAUUCAAGUCAAAGAAGUUGACAUUUUGAUAACAUUGUAGUUGUACUGAUCAAACUGAUAAUUUGUAAAAUUGGAGCUCUUCUUUACCUGAGUGUAGAAAUCUUGUCUACACUGGGUUUUAGGAGAAUUCUCUUCUGAUUGGCUUCAAUGAGUGAUUUUUCUGGGAUGUGAAUGUGAAACCCAAAUUACACUAUUGUCAUUCUAAGCUAUUGGACUACUCUGGAAGAUCUGGAACCUUCUUCUGGAAAGGGUUGUCCAUUAUUCCUUUAUGGGGCAGCAGCCUGGAAAAGUCCUUGGGGACCAGAGAAGGCCAAGUUUGCCUGCCCUGCACUUUAUCAAAGGAGCAGGAAAGAAGGAGUCAUCAAGGCAUGGGGGUCCACACUGCAAUGUUUUUGUGGAGCAUGAAGCUCUUCAGAGGCCAGUAACUGCAUCCGAUUUUGAGCCACAAGGUCUGAGUGAAGCAGCUCGUUGGAACUCCAAAGAAAACCUUCUUGCUGGUCCCAGUGAAAAUGACCCUAACCUUUUUGUUGCACUGUAUGAUUUUGUGGCCAGUGGGGAUAACACUCUAAGUAUAACUAAAGGUGAAAAGCUCCGUGUCUUGGGCUAUAAUCACAAUGGAGAAUGGUGUGAAGCACAAACCAAAAAUGGACAAGGGUGGGUUCCGAGCAACUAUAUCACCCCAGUCAACAGUUUGGAGAAACAUUCCUGGUACCAUGGGCCUGUGUCACGAAAUGCUGCUGAAUACCUGCUGAGCAGUGGAAUCAAUGGCAGCUUUCUUGUUCGAGAGAGUGAGAGCAGCCCAGGCCAGCGGUCCAUUUCACUAAGAUAUGAAGGAAGGGUGUACCACUACAGGAUAAAUACAGCAUCUGAUGGAAAGCUAUACGUCUCUUCAGAAAGCCGCUUUAAUACUUUGGCAGAGUUGGUUCAUCACCAUUCAACGGUGGCAGAUGGAUUGAUCACUACUCUGCAUUACCCAGCUCCCAAAAGAAACAAACCCACCAUAUAUGGAGUGUCUCCUAACUACGAUAAGUGGGAAAUUGAGCGGACAGACAUCACCAUGAAACACAAACUUGGAGGAGGGCAGUAUGGAGAAGUGUAUGAAGGUGUAUGGAAAAAAUAUAGCUUAACUGUAGCUGUGAAAACCCUGAAGGAAGAUACUAUGGAGGUGGAAGAGUUCUUGAAAGAAGCUGCAGUAAUGAAAGAGAUCAAACACCCUAACUUAGUACAAUUACUAGGGGUUUGUACUCGGGAACCCCCAUUUUAUAUAAUCACAGAGUUCAUGACCUAUGGGAAUCUGUUAGAUUAUCUACGAGAGUGUAAUCGGCAGGAGGUGAAUGCAGUUGUGCUGCUAUACAUGGCCACUCAGAUCUCAUCAGCUAUGGAGUACCUGGAGAAGAAAAACUUCAUCCACAGGGAUCUUGCUGCUCGAAACUGCCUUGUAGGAGAAAACCACUUGGUGAAGGUGGCUGAUUUUGGCUUGAGCAGGUUAAUGACAGGAGAUACCUAUACAGCCCAUGCUGGAGCUAAGUUCCCAAUCAAAUGGACAGCACCUGAAAGCCUGGCUUAUAAUAAAUUUUCCAUUAAGUCAGAUGUCUGGGCAUUUGGUGUUUUGCUUUGGGAAAUUGCUACAUAUGGUAUGUCCCCUUAUCCUGGAAUUGAUCUGUCACAAGUAUAUGAAUUAUUGGAAAAAAACUAUCGCAUGGAGCGUCCCGAAGGCUGUCCAGAAAAAGUCUAUGAACUCAUGAGAGCAUGUUGGCAGUGGAGUCCUUCUGACCGGCCCUCCUUUGCUGAAAUCCACCAAGCCUUUGAAACGAUGUUUCAGGAGUCUAGCAUCUCAGAUGAGGUGGAAAAAGAGUUGGGGAAGAAAGUUGUGCGAAAUGUUAUCAGUACGUUACUCCAGGCACCAGAAUUGCCAACUAAGACCAGAACAUCUAGGAGAGCUGCUGAAAAUAAAGAUGCCAGCGAGCUGCUUGACACUUCUCAUCUGAGGAGUCAGGGAGAAGAUUUUUUGGAUCACGAACCUGCUGUUUCUCCACUGCUCCCAAGGAAAGAAAGAGUUCCCCAGGACAGUAAUCUGAACGAAGAUGAACGUCUUCUCCCCAAAGACAAGAAAACCAACCUUUUCAGUGCUCUUAUCAAGAAGAAGAAGAAAACAGCUCCAACCCCACCCAAACGCAGCAGUUCUUUUCGGGAGAUGGAUGGCCAUUCAGACCGCAGGAUGGGUGGAGAGGAUGAGACCCGAGAUAUCCUCAAUGGCACUUUUAUCACAGCUCCCUCAGAUGCAGCCGAGCCAUCCAAGUUCCCAAGUCCAAGCAAUGGGUUGAAUGUUAGCAAUGGAGCUGUGUCAGGAUCCUCAGGCUUCCGGUCUCCCCACGUGUGGAAAAAAUCCAUUGCAUCAGCGAGUAGCCGCCUGGCAGCCAAUGAAGAAGAAAGUAGUUCCAACUCCAGCAAGCGCUUCCUGCGGUCAUGCUCUGCUUCUUGCGUACCCCACGGGGCCAAGGACACAGAAUGGAGGUCAGUAACAUUGCCUCGGGACCUGCAGUCCACUGGGAGGCAAUUUGAUUCUUCUACCUUUGGUGGGCACAAGAGUGAAAAGCCAGCUUUGCCUAGGAAACGGGCAAGUGAGAAUAAAUCUGAUGUGACUUCUAGGGGCACGGUGACCCCACCACCCCGGCUACUGAAGCAAAACGAGGAGGGAGUUGACGAUGUUUUCAAAGAUACAGAGUCCAGUCCUGGUUCCAGCCCCCCAAGUCUGACGCCAAAACUUGUCCGUAAGCAAGUCACAGUGACAGCUUCCUCUGGCCUGUCCCACAAAGAAGAAACUGGGAAAACUAGUGCCUUAGGAGCUCCUGCUGCACUGGAACAAGUCCCUGUUAGCAAAGCUGCCUCCAGUGCAUUUAUGGGAACCAAUAAGGUCUCCAGUGAAGAUCCCAGAGGGAGGAGGCACAAACAUUCUUCUGAAUCAUUAGGGAAGGACAAGGGAAAGCUCUCCAGACUUAAACCUGCCCCUCCUCCCCCACCGUCAUCCUCUGCUGGGAAGUCCACCAAGCCUUCUCAUGGCCCUGGCCAUGACGCAGCGGGGGAUGUAGGACCUAAUCUUAAAGCAAAACAGUUGACUAUGGUAGCAGAUGCUGGGAACAGUGAUGCUGCCAAAUCAAACCAGUUAGGAGAGGGUGUCAAAAAGGCGGCACUCUCCUCUGCACCAAAGCCCCCAUCAUCCAACAAACCGUCAGCGGCCCCACUAACCACUCCAGCCACCUCCCCCUCUACUUUGCCAUCUGCUUCAUCAGCCCUGGGAGGGGAACAACUUUCAUCCACUGCUUUUGUCCCUCUCAUAUCCACCCGAGUGUCCCUGCGGAAAACUCGCCAGCCUCCAGAGAGGCUUGCUAGCGGUGCUAUCACAAAAGGUGUGGUCCUAGACAGCACUGAAGCCUUGUGCCUGGCUAUCUCCAAAAACUCAGAACAGAUGGUCAGCCAUAGUGCUGUGCUGGAAGCAGGGAAAAACCUUUACACUUUCUGCGUGAGCUACGUGGACUCCAUCCAGCAGAUGCGGAACAAGUUUGCUUUCAGGGAGGCCAUCAACAAGUUGGAAAACAACCUCCGUGAGCUUCAGAUCUGCCCCGCGACGGCGGGCAGCGGCCCUGCUGCCACCCAGGACUUUAGCAAGCUUCUCAACUCAGUGAAAGAAAUCAGCGAUAUUGUUCAGAGGUAGCAGAAGCCGGUGCUCAACCAGCCAGAGCUGGCUGCUAAUAGCUGUAGCCUGAGAGCUAUGAUAGACUGACAAAAAGACCGGUGAACCAGUGCCACCGGGACAGGAAAAGGCACACAAGGUGCUGCUGGAGAGCACACGUGGCCUGAUUGCCUAGGCCAUGGAAUGUCAAACACCAUAUGUUUUUCUGUCUUUCAGCCCAAGUUCUUUACUGUUCUGAAACUCAUCUGUGGAGUUCCAUCUCUGUGGACUGAAGCCAAAAUACCAAGGCCCUUCUGUCCCUUUUUACUAAUGUUGUUUUAAAAUGAGCUUUAAGUUGGAAGUGGAAAUGGAAGACAUGGGAUUUUGUUUUCUUCCUUUCUAGAAACACUCCUGUGUCCUUCUCUUGCCAUUUCCCCAAAGGAAAAAUCUUCUGAACACUUACCAUAUUUGAGCCUUUCCAGUAAAGUAUUGCUAACACUCACCUCUCCUUGUUCUAUGAAGAGAGUAGUCCUAUUUGAUUUUCUUAAGUCUCCUAAGCUAAAAAAUACAUUUGAGGAAAGUAUUCAGAAGGGUGCCCUGGUCAAGGUUGGCCUUCUGAUUCACCUGUAGGCUAAAGGCUGAGUUUUCUCUCCUGUUUUCUUAUAUGACAGAGAACCAACGAUUAUUGAGUUAGUAAGUUGUGAUAAGGGAAGCAACUGACUGUCUCAUCUAGUGAGCAUUGAAGACCAAGUGGUUUGUGGUUAAGGUCAUCCAGCCUUUCCUUUCCUGGAGAAGAAAUUGCCUUCCUUUUGUGAUGUGUAGUGCCAAACUGGAGCCAGCAGACUUUGGUUUCUAAAGAAAAUGGGAUUGAUGUUGCUGCCAUAACAUAGAGAAGGAGCAGGACAGGAAAGCAGGGAUUCAACAGCAUAAGUUGUUCACUUGCCUACAGCAAUCAGAGUCUGUGCCCUUGGCAGAUCUGGUACUGUUCUUUUAUAACCCUAGUCACUGGAUGACAUACUGAGAACAGAAGUCUGGGUCCAGUCAUGUAUUCAUUCAUUUCUUCCUCAUGCACUCCUCUAAGCAAAGCACAUUCUCACAGCCCCUUUCUGAGACAGUAGACUGUUUAGUUUCCUGGCAUUCUUGAAGGCUCCCUGAGCAAGCUCCUCUGUUACCUGCAAAUCUAUGAGUAUCAUCAUGGUUCUUAUAUAGAAACUAGCAGUCAGUGAGCACAGAGUUCAUUGCACCAAAGAGAAAGGAAAAAAAGUGUUGACACCCAAAGGCCCUGGCCACAUUUGGCCACACGUUUGGAGUUUGGAGAAUGUCUUUUAUUUAAUUACAAUGACCAACACUUAUCAAUCUAAUGUUUCUCUAGGGGUUCUGUCAGAGACUGCUAAGGGGGAAGGGAGAACCCGCAGAAAGUAUUUCAGACAGCAGGCAGCCAUUUUUUGUCUUGCUCAUUUUUCCCCAGGGACUCCCCAGGAGUGCUGAAGGUACAGGGACCAUGACUCAUGGGGGCAGCUGCUCAUAGUUUUCCUUGACCUCUCCAUGUCAGUAUCCAGGCUGUUUAAGAGGCAGGAAGCAAUAGGCAGGGGACUAAAAAGAGGCUCACAGCACUACCCAGGAAACAAGGGUUAUGACUAUUAAUGGUGCAAUUUAACCCCUUAACAGUUAGAGAAAGCAGAGAAAAACCACAUUCCUUUCCCCUUUCCUCUAACUCCUGUGACCCUUUUGCAUUACACUAUUUUUACACUAAUCACCUUAACUUGUAUUUUAUUUUUCUGCUAGAAAUGGUUUUUAAAAUUAUUUCCUUUCAAUACCUUUUUAUAUUCUCAUGUCACCUCUUUGCCCUCACAGACUGCUGUGAUUUACAAACAGAAGGAGAUGUUAAAACACCACCAGCUGCCUUUUAAACAGACAAAACAAAACAAACCACACAAUACAAAAAUCUUUGGACUGUUUUUAUGAGGUACUGUUUUUGUUUUGUUAACAUAAUGUGCCACUAUAUUAUGCAUUUUUAUCUUGCUAUUACACUCUUUUAUAGACUUACUCUUUUAUAAAUGUGUAAAUAGUUUUUCAACUGUCCUUUCUGUAAUACCUAUGGUGCCAUUUUCUUUCUUUUUUUUUGGUCCAAUACAUUUUGUUCAAUAUGUGACUCUCGAUGUUUUUUGAGUCCAAGUCUGUCUUCCUUAGUAUUUUUUAAAUAAAUCAAUGUUGACGAAAAUAAGAAUCUCUUCAUCUAUUGUUUCAAAGCUUAACUCUUCAUUUUGCAUGAACCAUCCAGUAUGGUUCCAGUCGUAUGGUAAAAGGCACAUAAAGACUUUGUAUGCAUGUUGUCUGUUAGAGCUUGGGAAGAAGUAUGAAAAUCUUGAGUUUUGAUGUUCCAUUUUGCUGAGAGGAGGGGUGGGAGAGGGGAGAGGGGCUGGAUAAGUGAAUGAUUAUUGCAGAAAACAAAUCCAUUUCCUUUGGCUAUUUCAUUUCCAAGGUUUUUAAAGUAAGGUUUACUGCCUCUUCCCAGAGUGGUUACCAGCACACAGAAACUGCAGCUAUCAUGUGUGUCUUGUGUCAUUACCUGCAAUGUCAGGAACAAUUUCCUUGUCCCUCUUUUCACACCUUUCCUGCAUCAUAAGAAACUUUCUAGCAACCUGGACUGCUUGUGAUUCAGAAACUAAGGUGGGGCUAAACAGCAAUGAAUUGGCCCCACUUGAUAGUGACAGGCAGAAAGGAAUAAAUGAUUUUCUUUGUGAAGCUGCAUUAACUUUGGUGCUAUUGGACUUUUAUUUAGUGUGCAGAAAGAGAUAGUUUCCUGAAUAGCUGCUUCUUGUUCUGAAAGAGUUAACACUUCCAGAAAGACAUUUCUUCUUAUUUUUGCCUUUGAACCCUCUCUGCCACCACCCAUCAGCCUUAAAGCACCCCUCAUUUACUUGUCUUUGACAUGCCUAGUGUCAUUUCUUUGUGGGAAUGAUGAAUAGCUGUGGAAUGCUGGCCUAUGUGGUGUUAUAAGACUAUAAUGGUAACCCUUUACAGAGACCUGUUCUAGCCACCCACUGAGCACAGGUUGUCAAGAGGGACUCUCUUUCUUCAUGGGUUUGGUCUCCAUUUAACGCCGGCUGACAGCUUGGAAAGUUGAAGUUGGGGAAGUAAGUAGAACCCUCUGAUAAUAAUACUUAUUAAGCCAGUAGACUUGUCAAAGGAAUACAUGUCAUGCUCACCAAAGCAUAUUGAAAAGUACGGUUCACAAAAAUCCUGUGCAAGGAACUCUGUUGCAACAAGGUAUGUUGAGCAUCAUUGAAGGAACAAAAUAAUCUAGAUAAAAAUUUGCAUGAACCAAGGACUAAUCGAUUUCCACCUCUAGAAUUGCAUCAUUUUAGAGCUAUAAGGUACUUAAGCCAUCAUCUAUUCCAGUUCCUUUAUUUUGUAUGUAGAAAAGUGAGAAUCAGAGAUAUGAAUCCACUACCCAGAUUCAUUCAUAUUGGAUAAAGGCACCGAAUGUAGAAUUAAAAGACCUGCAUUCAAAUUCCUCUUCCAUCACCUAAGAUGGUGCAAAUUGUGCAACCUUACUCUUAGUUCAAGUUGCCAAGUAUUACAGAGCUUCACUGUCCAUCCUUAAACUUCCAGGAAACUGGUCCACACAAUCUCAUAAUUUCCUUCUAGCUGAAACAUUUAUGGGAAAGAUUUAGCUAAUGAUAAAGCCAGUGCUAGAAACAGGUCUCCUGACUGUUUCCUCCCCAACUAACUAAAUACUCCUUUUCAUUUGACAUCUAGUUUCAAAUCUAGAAGUUGACUCAUCUUCCCAAGAAUUUCCCAAGCACCCUCACAAAGGUUAACCCUGCCCCAAUCCCAGUUCAUUCAUAUCACUCUAUGGCACUACUUCUUAUCUUUCAUUUGGAGAAUUCUAGGGAUCUUGCCAGCACCAUAAUAAAAUAAUAUGGGAUAUCCCUGAGAUAAGAAAAGUAGACUUAAAAUGAUCUUUUUAUAAACAUCUCACUAUAAACCUGUGUGGGGAAUAGAUAAGGUGAAGAACUUACAGGGAUGUAUGAAUUCUUUUUCUGUAUUUUAUUAUUUCUGUGUCUCCCCUAUGACCUGUAUAAUAUGUGCAGGCUCAUAUCUACUUGAGCCUUGGCCAGCUAGAAUCAUAUUUACUUAACCUGAACUGAUGACAUUUAUUGGUAUUUGACAUUUAUCAAUAUUUAGUCUAUUAGCUGGACCACUGUCUGCUUGAUUAAGCCUGAAGGCCUGACUUUGUUUCCCAGAAAUCAGGAGAUUUCAGGGAAAAAGAAACCUUCCAUUCCAAUCUCCCCAAAUAGCAACAACCAAUUAGCUGCCUCCCCCUCCCCUUCUCAAUGCUCUCUUACUUGUGAUGUAAUUUCUUGUAUAAAAGCUAUGUAUCUUUACUACUUCUUUAGCCCUCCUACCGCGAGCUUAUCUUGCGAUGGGACAGCUCAUCCUCCGGAGGUUUUUCAAUAAACAACUUUUCUGCCUUCUA